AUGGAUCAACCGAUUGACUCAGUUGGCGAGGAAUGGGAGUAUGAAUAUCAUGAGACAGAAACUGAGUCCUUUUACCUAAACCUGGACCUCUCCUCGGUUCACGGUCCUAUCCGCCCACCGCGGCGACGCCAGCAACAAGACGCCACAGAUACAGCGACCACCACCAACAAUCCAGAGGAAGGUACACUGGCAUCCGUCGAGCCAGGUGGCGAUCCCACAGAUCCUUCCGACCCCAAUGAAUCCUAUCCCGUACCCGAAUCCACCGAGCCAGAAGCGCUAGCCAGUGAACGAAUCCAGAUCCUGGGGCUGCACACGCGCAACCCAAUCGUCUCAUACUGCAACCAACUCUUCAGCUGUACAUGGGCAGAUCAAAUCGGAACAGAACUCAUCUUUGCGCACCCAGAUGCAUAUACCGACUCGAAUAACCCGAGCCCUCAAUCCUUGCCGUCGCUCCUGCAGGGUCCGUCCUUUGAGCUCCUUGCCGCUAACAGCGUGAAGAUCCUCGGCCACAAGGCCAACAUCACCUCGAGCAGUAACUCUGGCGGGGCAAGCGAUACCCAACAAGGAGGCUCAACGUCCAACACAGCUUCUUCAACGUCCACGACCGAUGUCCAUGCAUCGUCGGCAUCCCUAAACGUGCCCCGUCGCGGCAUUCAACCAUCCCAUCAGGCGACUUUCCUUGCGCGUCUGCAGAAUAUCAAGACCGCCAGAGGGGAGACCGACACUGUUCGGACAACUUUUAGCACCAAGCGCAAUGUGACUGUCGCAGAGAGGUUAGGCGCGUGGGCCAGGACUGAAGCCCAACUGGCGGAGAUUCAUGCAUUAAAUGAACGCGCACAUAAGGGAGACCAGGCAGCUAUUUCGGCUUUGGAGCAGAUGAUGCGAGAUAUUGUCCAACAGCAGCAGCAGCAGCAGCAGCAGCAGCAGCAGCAGCAGCAGCAGCAGCAGCAACAGCAACAACAGCAGCCGCAGAACCAAGAGGCUCAAACACAGAUUUCAUCGCAACAAGGCUCCGCACAAUCAGACGCGGAGGAGGUUCUCCCCAUUGACCCACAACUCAUGUAA